GCGCGCCCCCUGUCGGCGCCCUCUCCAAGUCUCCGCAGCAGGAAUGAGAGCAGAGCGACUCUCUCCAGCAAACCUCACCAAAUCAGCCGCGGCGAAUGGGUAUUGACAGCUUUUGCAGCCCUGACGGCUCUGACCCCUUCUGGGAUUGGAACCGCACAUGGCACACGCACAACCCAGACCUGACCCAGUGUUUUCAGAACACUGUGCUGGUCUGGAUCCCCUGCCUCUACCUCUGGCUGUUUGCUCCGUUCUACUUCUUUUACCUCAAAAGCCAUGAUCGUGGGUACAUAUGUAUGACCCACCUCAACAAAGCCAAAACAGUUACUGGGUUUCUGCUAUGGAUUGUCUGCUGGGCAGAUGUUUUUUACUCUUUCUGGGAAAGAGGCCGCGGAGUCGCGAGCGCACCCGUUUACCUAGUCAGCCCCACAAUGCUUGGCAUUACCAUGUUGCUGGCUACGCUGUUGAUCCAGUAUGAGCGGAUGAAGGGGGUCCAGUCCUCUGGGAUAAUGCUCAAUUUUUGGCUGGUUGCUAUGGUCUGUGCUACAGUUACCUUUCGAUCCAAAAUCCUGCAGGCGGUUAAUGAGCCGGCCACAGUAAAUGUAUUCAGAUACACCACCUUCUACAUCUACUACGCCCUGCUGCUGAUCUCGCUAAUCCUGUCCUGCCUCUCAGACCAGCCUCCUCUGUUCUCUCAGGCAGUCAAGGACUCGAAUCCGUGUCCAGAGGCUGGAGCUUGUUUUCUCUCCAAGAUCAGCUUCUGGUGGAUCACAGGGAUGAUGGUGCAGGGCUACAAAAGGCCACUGGAAGAGAAAGAUUUGUGGUCACUAAAUGAGGAGGACCGCUCUCAGGCAGUGGUGCCACAGCUGGCGCGGUGCUGGGACCAUGAAUGCAGCAAGGUCAAAAGGCCACAUGAAAAAACCAUGUAUUCUCCCAAACGGUCGGCAAUGGCUGAGAAGAAGGACGGGCUGCCGAUAGAGGAGUCUGAGAUUCUGAUCAUGAAAACGCCUCAGAAGAGCGGCAGUCCCUCUCUGUUCAUCGCACUCUGCAGGACGUUCGGCCCGUACUUCCUCGUCAGCUCCUUCUACAAGAUCAUCCACGACAUCCUGAUGUUCGUAGGACCAGAAAUCCUCAGGCUGCUGAUCCAGUUCGUGAACGAGUCCAGCGCCCCCUCCUGGCACGGCUACUUCUACACCGCUCUGCUGUUUGUGUGCACCUGCGUUCAGACGCUCAUCCUGCAGAAAUAUUUCCACGUGUGCUUUGUGACGGGGAUGAGGCUCCGCACGGCCAUCAUAGGAGCGGUCUACAGGAAGGCGCUGGUUAUCACAAACGCGGCCCGCCGCACCUCCACAGUGGGAGAGAUAGUCAACCUGAUGUCAGUGGACGCUCAGCGCUUUAUGGACCUCAUCACUUACAUCAACAUGAUCUGGUCUGCUCCACUUCAGGUCAUCCUGGCGCUCUACUUCCUCUGGCAGAAUCUAGGUCCAUCUGUUCUGGCUGGAGUUGCUGUGAUGGUGCUGAUGGUUCCAGUGAAUGCAGUUAUAGCCAUGAAAACCAAAACCUACCAGGUGGCUCAGAUGAAGAGCAAAGACAACAGGAUAAAGCUGAUGAACGAGGUUCUGAACGGCAUUAAGGUGCUGAAGCUGUACGCGUGGGAACUGGCUUUCAAAGAUAAAGUAUCUGCCAUCAGGGAGAGCGAACUGCGCGUGCUGAAGAAAGCAGCUUACCUGGGCGCCGUCUCCACCUUCACCUGGGUCUGCGCUCCAUUCCUGGUGGCGCUCUCCACAUUCGCAGUGUAUGUGCUGGUGGACGAGCACAAUGUUCUGGACGCUCAGAAAGCCUUCGUGUCGCUGGCUCUUUUCAACAUUCUGCGCUUUCCUCUCAACAUGCUGCCCAUGGUCAUCAGCAGCAUGGUGCAGGCCAGCGUGUCUAUGAAGCGUCUGCGUGUGUUUCUGUCUCAUGAGGAGUUGGAUGAGGACAGUGUUGAUCGCAAAGCUAUUACUGGCUCUCCAGACAGCAUCAGGAUUGUGGAUGGUGCUUUCAGCUGGUCUAAAGACGACCCCCCGACUUUGAAGAGGAUUAACGUGCGGAUCCCUGAGGGUGCGCUGGUUGCCGUGGUGGGUCAUGUGGGUUCAGGGAAGUCGUCUCUGCUCUCGGCCCUACUGGGAGAAAUGCACAAACAGGAGGGAUCUGUGUCCAUCAAGGGCUCGGUGGCGUACGUGCCCCAGCAGGCGUGGAUCCAGAACGCCACGCUGAGGGAGAACAUCAUAUUUGGGCAGGAGAGGAAGGAGAGCUGGUAUCAGAGGGUGCUGGAGGCGUGUGCUCUCCUACCAGACCUGGAGAUCCUGCCGGGAGGAGACGGCACCGAGAUCGGAGAGAAGGGUGUGAACCUGUCUGGUGGUCAGAAGCAGAGGGUGAGUUUAGCCCGCGCCGUUUACUGCAACUGCGCCGUCUACCUGCUGGACGACCCGCUGUCUGCUGUGGACGCCCACGUCGGAAAACACAUCUUUGAGAAGGUCAUCGGGCCUCAGGGUGUGCUGCAGGGACAGACGCGUGUGCUGGUGACCCAUGGGCUGAGCUUCCUGCCGCAGGCCGAUCUGAUCCUGGUGAUGGUGGACGGAGAGAUCACUGAGACCGGAUCGUACGCCGAACUGCUCGGGCGACAGGGAGCCUUCGCUGAAUUCCUGCGCACCUACGCCAACGCCGAGCAGGACGGAGAGCCUGAAGGGACAGGAGAGGAGGGAGGCGAGCAGGAGGAGGAGUGUGGGCAGUCUGAAGAUGCGGUGCCACGGAAAACUCUGGAGAACGGAGGACCAGCGGCUCUGCUGAGACAGAGCCAGAGCUCCUUAAACACAUCUGGAACAGCGAAGCCCCCACAGAAAACUGAGAGUAACGACACCAUCAAGAAGACCAAGUCUGCAGACGCUGCCAAACUGACCGAGGCAGACAAAGCCAACACAGGCAGGGUCAAAUUUUCAGUGUUCUGGGAGUACAUGAAGGCCAUCGGCUUGUUCCUGUCCUUCAUCAGCAUCAUCCUCUUCUUCUCUCACCAUGUGGCGUCACUGGGUUCAAAUUACUGGCUCAGCUUGUGGACGGACGACCCGGUCAUUAACGGCACUCAGCCCUCCAGACAGAUGCGACUCGGAGUUUACGGAGCUUUGGGCCUCUCACAAGGCGUUGCCGUCUUCUGCUACUCCAUCUCCGUCUCCAUCGGUGGAAUCCUGGCCUCGCGCUAUCUGCACGAGACGAUGCUCUAUAACGUCCUGCGGUCACCCAUGUCCUUCUUCGAGCGGACGCCUAGCGGUAACCUGGUCAACCGCUUCGCUAAAGAAAUGGACACCAUCGACUCAGUUAUUCCGAACAUCAUUAAGAUGUUUAUGGGCUCCAUGUUUAACGUUCUGGGCUCCUGUGCGGUCAUCCUCAUCGCCACUCCACUGGUGGCCAUCAUCAUCCCUCCUCUGGGGCUGUUCUACUUCUUUGUGCAGCGUUUCUACGUGGCGUCGUCGCGGCAGCUGAAGCGUCUGGAGUCCGUGAGCCGCUCUCCGGUUUACACACACUUUAAUGAGACGCUGCUGGGCACCAGCGUUAUCCGUGCGUUCGGGGAGCAGCGCCGCUUCAUCGGAGAGAGUGACUCUAGAGUGGACCACAACCAGAAGGCCUAUUACCCCAGCAUCGUCGCCAACAGGUGGUUGGCUGUGCGUUUGGAGUUUGUGGGAAACUGUAUCGUGACGUUCGCUGCACUGUUUGCUGUGAUGGCCAGAGACAGUCUGAGUCCAGGCCUUAUGGGACUGUCCAUCUCCUACGCCCUGCAGGUGACCGCGUCUCUGAACUGGCUGGUGCGGAUGUCCUCUGAGCUGGAGACCAACAUUGUGGCGGUGGAGAAAGUGAAGGAGUAUGGAGACACUGAGAAAGAGCUCCACUUACUAUAUAGGUACCCUGUUCUUCAGUGGUCAGGACCCCCGCGGACCCUCACAGAGCAGGCUGAAUGGAAGCUGGAGCAGACCUCUGUUCCUGCCGGCUGGCCCACUGCUGGACACAUCGAGAUCCAUGAAUUCGGCCUGCGGUACCGAGAGGACCUGGAGCUCGCCAUCCAUGACAUCACCGUCAACAUCCAGGGAGGAGAGAAGGUGGGAAUUGUGGGUAGAACCGGAGCGGGAAAGUCGUCUCUGACACUCGGCCUGUUCCGUAUCAUCGAGGCAUCGCAGGGGGAGAUCUGCAUCGACGGGGUGAACAUUGCUGAUAUGGGCCUGCAUGAACUCCGCUCACGCAUCACCAUCAUUCCACAGGACCCAGUGCUGUUCUCUGGUUCUCUGCGGAUGAACCUGGAUCCCUUCGAUCUUUACUCUGAUGAGGAAGUGUGGAGAGCUCUGGAACUCGCACAUCUCAAAAACUUUGUGUCCGGCCUGCCGGACAAGCUGAACCACGAGUGUUCAGAGGGAGGAGAGAACCUCAGUCUGGGGCAGAGGCAGCUGGUGUGCUUGGCUCGAGCUUUACUCCGUAAGACCAAGAUUUUGGUUCUGGACGAAGCGACGGCAGCUGUGGACCUGGAGACGGACAACCUGAUCCAGUCCACCAUCCGCACGCAGUUCGAGGACUGCACGGUUCUGACCAUCGCCCACCGCCUCAACACCAUCAUGGACUACACCAGGGUUCUGGUUCUAGAUAAAGGUCAGAUGGCAGAGUUUGAUUCUCCCUCCAGUCUCAUCGCCAAGAAAGGAAUCUUCUACAAGAUGGCCAAAGACUCCGGUUUGGUCUGAUCAGAAACGAGUGGACGCUGAAGAGCCUCAUUCUAGAACACAUGCUGUGGGUGGAGCCUGAGUGAUGGUAACCCCUGGCAACCUCUGACUGACAGCCCAGACCCCCUUUUUUUUUUCUUUUUUCCCCCUCAUUUCCCCGUGACUCCUCCCGCUGCUGCUGCUGCUGGAGUAGCUGUUACUGUAGCGUCUCUAUGAGUGAGAGCGACUCAGAGCCUCCGACGCUUCUGCCCUGCGCUUAAUGCCAACACCGCGUUUUAGUGAAACUCUGAGGGCAAGAAAAAGAGCUUGAUUUCUUAAUAGACACUUUCUGACGUGUGUUUGUUUUUCUUUAAAAGAUGCCUCACUGCGAGUGAACCACGAGUCAGACUCGACUGUCCUGCUGUGGUUUUAAAUAGGAGAUAGAGGCGAUUAUAACCGUGUGGUUUGACCAACAUGUUUGAGUUAGACGCAGAUAUUAAUCUCUCUCAUGGUGCAAUGUUAAUGAUGUUGGUGCCGUCAGCUCCUGCCCGCUGACCGCCGCGGCCCGCUGAACACAGCCGGCAGGGCCUGGAGCCGAGCCAAAGACGAUACUGACCCCGGGGCGGUUCUCUGAAGUGAAACAGAGAGUUUAAGAGUUCUCCAAAGAGUUGAUCUGAGAGACCUCAGACCAUCACCGCAGAGCUGCUGCUCUUCAACAGGACGGCUGGACUUCUAUUCACGCACAACUUCAGAUCUGUUUUGUUUACGUAUCUGAUGGCUUAGAUCUUUUCUUUGAAGUCUGAGCUCAGAGGGAGAUAAGAGAGGUACUAUUAAAAAUUCAGCUUAGAUUUAUUAUCAUUAUAUUAUGAUUUAUUAUCAGUAGUAUUAGUGUAUUUAUUUACUGUACUGGUACAUAAAGGGGAAAUCAUUCAACAGGCCAGAUUCUAUUAUUACUGUUUUUAUAUCUUUAUUAUUAUUAUUGUUCAGUAUUGUUAGUGGUGGUGUUGUUGUUGUUGUUGUUGUUAUUGUUGCUGUUAAUAAUUAUAAUAAU